UGUCAUAUCCUGUCUCUCUCUCCCCAGUCGGUGCUGUUGCUAGGCGGAAUAGCGUUGGUGUGUCUGGCUCUGGACCUCCUCUUCCUCCUCUUCUACUCUUUCUGGCUGUGCUGCCGCCGAAGCAAGAACCAUGACGACACACACUCUCACUCACACACACACCAGCCCCCCAACCCUGACUGCUGCUGUACCGCCUGGUGCGUCAUCAUCGCCACGCUCGUCUGCAGUGCCGGCAUUGCCGUGGGUUUCUAUGGAAACGGGGAGUCAUGUGACGGAGCCAACCGCCUGGCAUAUUCUCUUCGGCACGCCAACCGCACCGUGGCAGGGGUCGACAAACUGGUGACGGACAGUGCCCUGUCUCUGAACCAGACAGUGGAGGGAGGUCUGGUCCAGUUGGAGACGGUCUACUCUGAACAGACUGACUAUGUGUCCAUCGUCCAGAAGCUCCAGGGUCAUCUGGAUGAGCUGGUCAGACUCAUGGUGGACAUCCCCUUCUGGAGUAAUUCUGAUAUCUCCCUAGAAGACCUGGCCUUCCAGACUGAGGUCUUUGACUGGUACAGGUGGCUGGUAUACCUGACUCUGCUCCUGUUUGAUGUUCUGAUCUGUCUGCUGGUUCUGUUCGGACUGAUACGCAACUCUAAAGGCACUCUGAUUGGGGUGUGUUUGUUGGGUGUUCUGACUCUCAUCAUCAGCUGGGGGUCUCUGGGACUGGAGCUGGCAGCUGCCGCGACGGCCAGCGACUUCUGUGUUUCCCCGGAUACCUACAUCACCAGGGUAACCAAGGAGAACGCUGUCAUCGACCAAGAUAUCCUGCAGUAUUACCUGAGGUGCAGCAGUGGCCAAUCAAAUCCUUUCCAGCAUAAGCUGUCUGGCAGUCACAAAGCCCUGGUUGAGAUGCAAGAUGACGUGGCAGAACUACUACAGUCAGCUAUACGGGAUUACCCCAACACCAAGGGGACUCUGGAACAGAUUCAAACUGUAUUGAACUCUACGGAGGUUGGCCUUCAUCAACUCACCGCUCUGGUCGACUGUCGCAGCCUGCACAUGGACUAUGUCCAGGCUCUAACAGGGUUGUGUUAUGAUGGAGUGGAGGGGCUGAUCUACCUGGUGCUGUUCUCCUUCGUCACAGCUCUCAUGUUCUCCUCCAUCGUCUGCAGUGUGCCACACACCUGGCAGAGCAAGAGGACGGAUGAUGAGGAUCGAGAAGAUGAGUCUGCUGCCCAAGGCAAUCGGGGGGCGGGUCCUCAUGAUAACCUGUACCGCGUGCACAUGCCCAGUCUCUACAGCUGUGGUAGCAGCUACGGCAGCGAAGCUAGCAUCCCCGCUACGGCCCACACUGUCAGCAAUGCCCCUGUCACUGAGUACAUGACCCAGAACGCAAACUUUCAGACCCCCAGGUGUGAGAACACGCCUCUGAUUGGCAGGGAAUCCCCUCCACCCUCUUACACCUCGAGUAUGAGGGCCAAGUAUCUGGCCACCAGUCGACCGGACGAGAACCGACGGUCAGUCCCCAAUGACCAGUUGGACCCGGCCAGCCGACCACAUCCCCUCACCAGACCACAGUCAUCUGUCCACUAGAACCUUCCAGAACCUACCAAAACCUUCUAGAACCUAUUAUAACCUACCAGAAUAUUCUAGAAAGAACUCAUCAACCAAUAAAGAAUGGGAACAAACCAGAACCAAUUCUUCAUUCCACUAAAGAACCACAACCCACUAGAACCACCAACUCCUUAGAACCUGUUGACACAGUAGUCCACUUAUAGAACCAGUAAGGAUCAUAACCACCUCCUCAGCCCAUAGGAACCACUAAAAUAAUACGUCUCAGAUUCACCAGAACAGACCACAGUGGGUUGGAAAGCAGAGCCAACCAACGGACCAACCAGCCCAACUCACCAGAACAGAACCUCAACUCAUCAGCCGACCAACGGACCAACCAGCCCAACUCACCAGAACAGAACCUCAACUCAUCAGCCGACCAACGGACCAACCAGCCCAACUCACCAGAACAGAACCUCAACUCAUCAGCUGACCAACGGACCAACCAGCCCAACUCACCAGAACAGAACCUCAACUCAUCAGCCGACCAACGGACCAACCAGCCCAACUCACCAGAGCAGAACCUCAGCUCAUCAGCCAACCAACACCAACCUACCUACAGACUCCAGAAGAUCACCAUGAACCUUGUAGAUCUCACCCCCCCCCCCCCCCACCCCACCUCAGCUCCAUCUUCCCUACAACCGUCCCACAGUCCCACUCAGCUCUACACCAUCUCAAGCUGGAUCCUCCACCUCUUUACCAAGUAUACUGCCCUCCGGUGGUGACUGCCGGUAUGAGCCUGUUUAUUAAGUAUACUGCCCUCCGGUGGUGACUGCCGAUAUGAGCCUAUUUAUUAAGUAUACUCCCCUCCGGUGGUGACUGCCAGUAUGAGCCUGUUUAUUAAGUAUACGGCCCUCUGGUGGUGACUGCAGGUAUGAGCCUGUUUAUUAAGUAUACUGCCCUCCGGUGGUGACUGCCGAUAUGAGCCUAUUUAUUAAGUAUACUCCCCUCCGGUGGUGACUGCCAGUAUGAGCCUGUUUAUUAAGUAUACGGCCCUCUGGUGGUGACUGCAGGUAUGAGCCUGUUUAUUAAGUAUACUGCCCUCCGGUGGUGACUGCCGGUAUGAGCCUGUUUAUUAAGUAUACUGCCCUCCGGUGGUGACUGCCGGUAUGAGCCUGUUUGUUAAGUAUACUGCCCUCCGGUGGUGACUGCAGGUAUGAGCAUGUUUAUUAAGUAGACUGCCCUCCGGUGGUGACUGCCGGUAUGAGCCUGUUUAUUAAGUAUCCUGCCCUCUGGUGGUGACUGCCGGUAUGAGCCUGUUUAUUAAGUAUACUGCCCUCCGGUGGUGACUGCCAGUAUGAGCCUGUUUAUUAAGUAUACUGCCCUCCGGUGGUGACUGCAGGUAUGAGCCUGUUUAUUAAGUAUACUGCCCUCCGGUGGUGACUGCCGGUAUGAGCCUGUGUAUUAAGUAUACUGCCCUCCGGUGGUGACUGCAGGUAUGAGCCACACACACACACACGAGGCCUGUACGUGUGUGUACCUCUCUCUACUCUACCUGCCUCUGUAAACAACCCUCCUGCCGUCUAAUCUACCAAGCCACUAGGACACAGAAUCUGACUGCAAAACGGCCCCUGCACUCUGCAAAACGCUCCAACAUUCCUGUAACAUCUGGUGUUUUUAACUUUCCUGCAAAGGGCUGUUGUGCAGACGGACCAUGUGGCCUGAAACUGAUUCAGAAAGCCAUGUUGUGGAGGAACCACUCUCUGUAAUGUCUGAAUUAAACUGUCGAUAGAUUUAGCCACAACUGUACAGCAGUGUUACAUUUAGCCUGUGUUAAGAGCCACGUUAACUAACUACAUGUAUGACUAGAACUUGAAUCGUGAGCUCUCUCUCUCUUGAGUGUGCUCAUGUGUUCUGUGUGUGUUUGCGUGCGUCUAACGCACAUGUAAAUAUGAGUCCAGGACCGAACGGAACAUGGUGGAAUUCCAAAUAUUCUGGAAUCAGAUUCCAGAGAAAGAGUUUGCGUUCCCAAACUAACUCUGGGACUGAAUGAAAAGACUAAAGGACAUGGGAGAGCUCACCUGUGGACUCAUAACUCUGUAUAAUGAGGGAUGUUGAACUCUCCUAAACUAAAGGACAUGGGAGAGCUCAUAACUCUGUAUAAUGAGGGAUGUUGAACUCUCCUAAACUAAAGGACAUGGGAGAGCUCACCUGUGGACUUAUAACUCUGUAUAAUGAGGGAUGUUGAACUCUCCUAAACUAAAGGACAUGGGAGAGCUCACCUCUGGACUCAUAACUCUGUAUAAUGAGGGAUGUUGAACUCUCCUAAACUAAAGGACAUGGGAGAGCUCACCUGUGGGCUCAUAACUCUGUAUAAUGAGGGAUGUGAACUCUCCUAAACUAAAGGACAUGGGAGAGCUCACCUGUGGGCUCAUAACUCUGUAUAAUGAGGGAUGUGAACUCUCCUAAACUAAAGGACAUGGGAGAGCUCACCUGUGGGCUCAUAACUCUGUAUAAUGAGGGAUGUGAACUCUCCUAAACUAAAGGACAUGGGAGAGCUCACCUGUGGGCUCAUAACUCUGUAUAAUGAGGGAUGUGAACUCUCCUAAACUAAAGGACAUGGGAGAGCUCACCGGUGGGCUCAUAACUCUGUAUGAUGAGGGAUGUUGAACUCUCCUAAACUAAAGGACAUGGGAGAGCUCACCUGUGGGUUAAUAACUCUGUAUAAUGAGGGAUGUUGAACUCUCUUAAACUAAAGGACAUGGGAGAGCUCACCGGUGGGCUCAUAACUCUGUAUGAUGAGGGAUGUUGAACUCUCCUAAACUAAAGGACAUGGGAGAGCUCACCUGUGGGUUAAUAACUCUGUAUAAUGAGGGAUGUUGAACUCUCUUAAACUAAAGGACAUGGGAGAGCUCACCUGUGGGCUCAUAACUCUGUAUAAUGAGGGAUGUUGAACUCUCCUAAACUAAAGGACAUGGGAGAGCUCACCUGUGGGCUCAUAACUCUGUAUAAUGAGGGAUGUUGAACUCUCCUAAACUAAAGGACAUGGGAGAGCUCACCUGUGGGUUAAUAACUCUGCAUAAUGAGGGAUGUUGAACUCUCCUAAACUAAAGGACAUGGGAGAGCUCACCUGUGGGCUCAUAACUCUGUAUAAUGAGUGAUGUUGAACUCUCCUAAACUAAAGGACAUGGGAGAGCUCACCUGUGGACUCAUAACUCUGUAUUAUGAGGGAUGUUGAACUCUCCUAAACUAAAGGACAUGGGAGAGCUCACCUGUGGGUUAAUAACUCUGCAUAAUGAGGGAUGUGGAACUCUCCUAAACUAAAGGACAUGGGAGAGCUCACCUGUGGGCUCAUAACUCUGUAUAAUGAGGGAUGUUGAACUCUCUUAAACUAAAGGACAUGGGAGAGCUCACCUGUGGGCUCAUAACUCUGUAUAAUGAGGGAUGUUAAACUCUCCUAAACUAAAGGACAUGGGAGAGCUCACCUGUGGGUUAAUAACUCUGUAUAAUGAGGGAUGUUGAACUCUCCUAAACUAAAGGACAUGGGAGAGCUCACCUGUGCCAAAAUAACUGAAGGGAUGCUCAACUCUCUUUACCGCGUCAUUCCUUUUUUUAGUUCCUUAAUUCUCAGAAAGGGAAAAUAAAUCCUGGAUAAUGUUGGAUCAUACGGUGAAAGACAGAGAGACUUUUAAAAUAAAAUGUGUUUUUAAUUUAGUUUAAAAAAUGUAACUUGAUAAUGAAGAAUUGGGUGCUGUGACCAACUAUCUUUAAAAAAUAAUGUUUACUUUUUUAUUAUUUAAUCAAACAGGGAUCUUCUUUAACGACCUCAGACUAAAGGUCACGAUGAGGUUAGAGGUCACAACCUUUCUCAAACAGGAAGUUUUUUCUUCUUCUUCUCAGAAGCACAAGCGAUCUACGAGGUGACUAUGGGAGACGGAAAAGAAGAACGCCCACACGUGGAUGUAAAGUGUGUGUGUUUGUGGGAACACUUAAAGCCUCGUGAAAACAUGCCUGAUCUCGCGGUAGCUCUUGUUCUGUUUCACGGUGAAGUGAAAGGAAACGUGAGCGGUGCAGCGGUCUAACCUAGGUUAGGGGCCAACCAUAGUUAGACAGAGGACUCUCUAAAGACCCUCUUAGGUACUCUAUCUAACUCUAUGGGGCUGCCAGUAGUUCUCUCUCUCGCUACUAUGUGCUGUGAAGUGUAUGAUGACAAUAGUGUAGCUGUAAUCUCUCUCAUCACUCUUGUGUGUGAUGGCUCGUCCAGUGUAGUCUUGGUAUUGCUCUCUUCUCUCCUGUGUGUGCUGUCUGUCUGUACGUACAGUACAGUGGUCUGUGUGUGCGGUUGCCAGCAAAUUAAGGGUCGUAAUUAUUAUCUAAUCUUCAUCUAAGAAACACACACACACACUAGCAUUCAUUGCAGACCCACACAUUGCAGACCCACACAUUGCAGACCCACACAUUGCAGACCCACACAUUGCAGACCCACACAUUGCAGACCCACACACACUAUUCUUUAUAUCUAGCCAUUGUCCUGUGAACUGUCACUCACACACCAUAGAACUACAGUACCCAUACACCCUCACUCCUGUAAAUUUGACACGGGUUAGCAUUUGCAUCAUGGGAAAUGUGGUGUAUUAACUAGAGGGAUUUCCAGUUAAUGGGAAUGACCGUUCAAACGAUCUUGAUUAACUCGCUCCGGGUAGAAGUUGCCUUUAACCACAGAUCUUGGAUCCAAUUUACUCUCCCAUUAUCCUGAUCUUAACCAUUAGGCGGAACACAAAACAUUUCUUAGAUCAGUGUCUAGGAAGCAAAUUCAUCCUACCAUGACAAGCUCAGUGUGUGUGUGUGUGUGUAUGUGUGUGUAGAUAAUUUACUGUGAAUGAAAGACCACUUCUCUGUCGUUUUCAGCGAGACAAUCGUAACUGGCGUGAUUCCACUCGUUUUUAAUAUUCUGUUUAUCACGUCACCAUGACAACGCUACCUAUACUACGGCGUUUGCACGACGGGAGAGGACAAAAAAAAUACUGUUGGAAACUAAGAACCAAUGGCCUUUUCUUAUACUUGUAACAAUCUAACAACUCUUCAUAUCACACGUUUUAAUUUGUCUUCUAAAAAAUAAAUCAUAAAAAAACAAACAAUAGCUAGCUCUUUUUGUAGGGUAAUAAUCAUUAUUAUUAUGGCAAGAGCACCAUUUUGUUUUCUGUUUUUCUUUAUAAUAAUGAUGAAUGACUGUCUUGAAUUGCAUUUUUUUUUUUUUAUAAAACCGUACUGUAGACUUGUUAAAUUUUUGUUGAUUGUUGUUUUUAUGUAUCCGGCGACAACAACGGUUUACUAAGAUGAUAAUACUGUCUGUUCUAAACUGUGGUGGUGACACUAUUGAGCCUGGAAUCCAUGUUUUAAAAACAGAAUUAAAACAACUUUAACUGA